UGGUGGCACUGCGCAUGCGCGGGGGAAAAGGGCGGAAGGCGGUUCGGUUUAAACCUGAAGAGAAAGAAGUGUAGAGACGUUAACGGACGGAGGGAAAAACAAGCGCGUAUAGAAAACUCACGUUUACAGAGAAUACGUGUAUAUGUUCUCCAAUGGAGCAGAAAGAGAAAAGCGGGCAUGACCAAGACGGAUUCUCUAAGAGAAGACUCUCAUCAAUUCUCAAGGCUUCUCGGCCGUCUAUGAAAGUGUUUGGAAAUGAACAGGAUGAAAACCAGGAGGAAACCAGACCGAUCGAAAAACCACGGCGGUCACGAAGAGUCAGUUUUGCCACCACAAAUAAUAUUCAUGUCUUCCCGAAAGAACUCAAGGCUGAUCCUGUGUUGGCUUCCAUCCAAAACUUAACAGGCGGAGCCAGUGCUGGACAGAAUGAGAAGUUGCAGUGUUUGGAUACCAGUGAAAAGCAUGAAAUUAUGGGAUUGGACUCCAUGCUAACCAAUUCCAUCCAUUUUACACUCGACAAGGAGAAUUUUUUUCCUGCACCAUUUCUACCAGCUGAUUCUGUGGACAGAACUGUGAUCCUUGGGGAGAGCUCUGGGUUCAUGGACAUGACUUGCAGUCAAACAAUUGCAAUUGACACCGAGAACGAAUUUGAUCCAGAACUGACCUUAAACAUGUCCAACGUUGUUGAACCUCACAAGCUCAACAGUCAGAAUAAAAAAGAUGCGGUGCGUUCGGGAUUUGGCGAUUUUCUUGCUAGUUUGUCGAAGACAAGUGGCCAAAAUACAGCUUUGUUUCCAAAGAAAACUAGUGAUCAUUUCGCUGUGGAAAAUACAAAAACAGACAAGGAGAGCGUUCUACCGAGUUGUUUGCGCAAGAGCGCUCUCUAUGAGAGGGACAGCAUGGACAUGACCAGUGUUCACACUGCUAUGGUAGAAAAAAGAGAGGUUUUUCCGCAUUUUCCUUAUCCUCUAGGUGAAAGUCGUAAAAGCAUAAAUGCCUCUUCAAAUUAUUUCGAUGACAUGGAGCUCACUCGUAGUCAAACUGCUACUAUCAACUUUAAAGGAAUGGGAAAUGCAAAUCAGAGCCUGUCUUAUGCGGAUCAAAAGAAAUGUACAUUUGUCUGUGAUGACGACAGCGAAAUGAUCAUGACAGAAGUUUUGGAUGUUCAAGAGCACUUAUCUGAACAAACCAGAGCCGACCGUUUUCAGACUAACGUCUCAUUUGCACCGGUGGCUGAUUCUGAUGACAUGGAAAUAACGCAAUCACAACCUGUAGUCCCUGAGACCAAAUAUGCGGGAGAACCUUUUCCAAACUUGAGUAAAGUUUCAUCCUUUCUGUCUUCCACUACUGUUGACAGAAUGAUGAUGGAUACAACACAGACAGGAAAUAUAACUCGAUAUGCCUCUGCAGACAGCAAAAGUGAAGAGAGCAAAAGAAAUGUGACUCUGGCAACAAAUAGUAUACUUCAGGAUCAGAGUGACUUCAUGGAUUUGACAUGCCAAGCCUCAACUGGCAUCUUGUCUACUCAUCCAGACGAUUCUGUAUUUACUGGAGGCAGUAAAAUGGCUUUAAUCUCAAAACACAUUUCAACAACAAAUUCGAAACCACUGGCAUCCUUUAUGCUGCAGUCAUCAGACCCGUCAGACGUGAAGAGGGCUGAUCUUUUUAAAAGUGAACUUUCACAUUCUCACAUGGUUGAUGAUAUGGAAAUUACACAGUGCCAUACAGUAUGUGAUCUGGAAAAGACACAACAUACAGUAUGUAAUAUGGAAAUGACACAACAUACAGUAUGUAAUAUGGAAAUGACACAACAUACAGUAUGUAAUAUGGAAAGGACCCUUUGUCAGACAGUUGAGACCAAAAGCUGUGAGGACUAUAAACCAUCUGACAGAUCAAAGAAAAGGUUAUCAAUUAUGUCACCAUCUUGUGGACCUGAAGCUAUGACCCAUGAACACACUGGGCACAUGGAACUGAGUAGAUCUUUAUUUCUAAAGCGAUCAAAAACUGAGAACUCUGUGGUACCUACAGCACAGAGGUCUUUUAACCAGGAUCUGCUGUUUCAGCAGGGCACGGUUUCUGCCGUACCUUCCAUUCAUGAUGAUAUGGAUCUGACCGGAUGCAAGACUAUUACCAUCAACCCAAAAACGAGUCCUUCAAAAGAGGCACCAUGUGCGUUAUCUUCUAAACCUACCAUAGACAGACUGAAGAGGUCUGAAGAAAUUGAGCAACUUGGGACAGUGUUCAUCUCUCCAGCUGUAGACUGCAAAUUGCCAGUUGCAGGAUUCGCUUCAGGUGCUGGAAAUCGCGUCGAUAUUCCCAAAGAGGAAACAUCAGAUAAAUCUGGAAUGGACUUGGGCAAGGGUCAGACAACUGAACACAAAAACUAUAAACCUUCAAGUUCUAGCAACAUAAAUGAGUAUGUGUCACUUAAUUCAACAGUCACAAACAUGGAAUCCUGUGAGGAAGACUGUAAUAUGGAAAUGACUAGAGCUUUUACGGUGCCCUUGGAGGACCAGUGCAAUGUUGCAUUGAGUCAGGAACAGAUAACAAGAGAAACUGUGGAGCCUGCGCCUGUAUUCACUGACCAGACGAUAAAAGAACUGGACCAUACUUUGCAGAUAAGCAACAAAACUGUGUCAUGUACAAAAAAAUCAGGCUGUGUAUUAGAGUCUGAUAUUGACACUUUAAGAGAAGAACAUUCAAGCUCUGUUCUAUCCAGGCGAAGGAGUAUGGCAGAUCUACACAAGAAAAUCAAAAGAAUUUCACAGUAUAUUAGUGAGCCAGAUGAAAUGUUGCCUGGAAGUGUUACAGCACCUCUGAUUCACUUCUCAGUGGAAAAAGAUUCAGAAAUAGAUGCUUUACAACCUUCAACAGAAACUCAACUGCUCGAAAACAGAACAAGCUCGGCCCAUAAAGAGUGCACCACACCAUUCAACCUCAAGAAUUCUCUGAUGGCGAGACUGUCAGUUGGGGCCAUCGUCCCAAAAUUCCCUCCACGUGUAAGAUCUGCGAGUCCAAGUGAAACUGAGCCCAAAAGCCCCGUUGACCUUCAAGGUGUUCAGCUGCAAACAUGUGUCGGUGCUGAUAUUCAAAAUGAAAGCUAUGAAAGUGAUAUCAUGGAUGAAGUCCUUGCCGAAACAGAUUUCUCGAGCUCUUUGGUCUCCAAUCUGAGCAAAAUGAAAGAGCAAGACAUCAUUCCAGAUGCUAUUGCAUAUGAUCACAUGGAGUCUAUAAUGAAUAAAAGCCAAUCUGAGAAAACGCCACCUGAAGUCAAGGAUGCAACCGUGAAGAUCACCAGCGAAAAAAUGUGGGACAGCACUUAUGCAGCUCAGAAGGUCCAAACUCAUGUGGUAAAGAUACCAGAUGACACCAACUCCAGCAGCAACUCCACCAUGAUGAAAUGUGAAGGAAUCUCUGAAUUAACCCUGAGAAACUCGCAUCUCGAUUCCCAGAUUGAGGGCACAAUGGAUCACGAGUUUGAUUUCUACAAGAAACUUGAAGAGGGAAGUGUUACAGUGAACGAGUUCCUAACACACUUUGGUGCUAAAUUUGUAAUCCAUCGAUCAAGACCCAGCUCUGUUCCUGACGAUCUGAGAGCUGCACAAACUUACACAAUGGAAGAAUUGCUUACAGAACAAUACAUACACCGCCCUAAGCAGAAAGUCUAUGAAAUGGAUUGUCAGCAGCUCUCAGAAAUGGUUGAAGGAUUUAAAAUCCAGAUGGCAGAUCAAGAAAAACCUCUGAGAAGUAUCAAUCCUUCACUGCACAAGGAUAUUUGUGUCUUCUCAAAAGAGCAGCUGCAACAAUUCGGGGCCAAGCUGAAGGAACGAAGAGUUUAUUUCCGAAAGCGAAGCAAGGCACUUUCCCAUAAAAUGAAGGAAAACUUGUAUUCAGAGCUUUUAAAAACAACAUGGGAGGCGAAACGGAGCCUGGAGUCUAAAAUUGAGGAGACUAAUGAGAUGUUAAAAGACCUAGAUGGCUGUAUAACUGAAUUGGAGUCCGAGUUGAUUGGGAUGAAUAACAUCGCUAUGGGAGACCAACAUUCUCUCACCCGACUUGGACCUGUUUUAAAGGCAAAGCAGGAACAACUUGAUGCCCUUAAUUCAGACGUUACUGAGAAAGAAAAUCAAAUCUGUAAACUUGAACUUCAAGCUCAGUCUUUGGAAGACACACGGGACAAAGUCCAAGUUGAAACCAGGGAAUUUAAAUGCCAUGCAGGCAAUCUGAACAGUCUGAAUGAGUGGCGAGUCUUUCCUGGGAAUAAAAAUGGACUUGUUUUUACUUUUCUACACAACACUGUGCAGCUGGAAGUGAAACACAAACAUGCUGCUGGAAAAGAAUGCAUGCAAGACCAGGAUGUGGACAUCGCAUUCAAAUUUCUACUGAAUGCUGAAAGCUCACAGCCAAGUGCAGUCAUGAUCCACAAACUGCUCACAGAAAAAAUCAACUCUCAAGCAACAUGGAUGCAAAAGUACUCAACAACUCAGAGCAUACCAAUGUUGCUGCAUGAUGUCAGUUUGGUGGUGAGUCGACUUCGACUCUUGGGGGAAGAAAUCCACAGGCUGGAGAAAUGGGGAGGUUUGAGGCUUGGAAUCCUGCACAUAACAUGUGUGGAUACACAAGUUGAAGUUGUGUUCUCCAGUGUCAGGGCAUUUGUAAAGUUUGAGCUAAGCCUGGCUGUUACCCCGGAUUAUCCUUUCAGUUCCCUGCAACUGCAGAAAUUCCAAAAUCACAUUGGUGACACAAGCCUGGAGCAAAUCAGGAACAUUGUGUCCUCUGUACAACCGUCCAAGUUCUAUCUGACUGCAGUCCUGAAGAGGAUUCAUUCUAAUCUGCUGAGAUCGGACCUGUGAUCUUUUUUUAUGUUUAUUUGUGUAAAAACAACUUGCAGCUGGUGACUCUUUUCUGAAUUAUUCAUGAAGUAGUGAGCAGAGUGUUAAUAAAGGGUUAGACUUUAUUACUGA